GGGAGUUGUGGGGGUGGAAGUAGACAGAAUCAAGUGGCUACAGUUCUUGAGAGCGUACAUUCCAAAGGAAGUGAUAAUAAUGGCUGCAUUUUUCAGUUUGAAGAAUUUAUGUGAAUAUGAAACUUCUAAAGUUGUCCGUUUUCAGAGCGUUUCCUAUGGGAGUUUGAAAUGGACCUUCCAUAUGAUUGUCUUUCUGUAUGUUUGUUAUGUGCUUGUCACCGACAAACGGUAUCAGAAAAAGGACUCUGUGAUCAGCUCAGUUCACACUAAAGUGAAAGGAGUAGUUCAGACUCACUCAAGAAUCUGGGACACAGCCGAAUACACUAUUCCCAUGCAGGGAAUAGACUCUUUUUUUGUGAUAACCAACAUAAUCAUGACAGAAAACCAGUUUCAAAGCGUUUGCCCUGAGUACCCCAUUGCCAAAGCUGUCUGCUCUUCAAAUGUGAGCUGUAAAAAAGGACACAUGAACCCCCACAGUAAUGGAAUUCAGACAGGAAGUUGUGUGAACUAUAAUGCAACAAUUAAAACCUGUGAAGUCUCUGCCUGGUGCCCUGUGGAAUCAAUGAAAGGUGCCCCAGUGCCCGCCAUUCUGAAGAGUGCUGAAAACUUCACAGUGCUAAUAAAGAACAAUAUCCACUUCCCAAAAUUUAAUCACACUGCAAGAAACUUUUCACCAAAAUUGAAUAUUUCAUGCACAUUCAACAAGAUAACUGCACCAGGCUGCCCAAUUUUCCAGCUGGGAGAUAUUUUCCAAGCAACAGGAGAAAAUUUUUCAGAGAUGGCAAUUCAGGGCGGAAUCAUGGGCAUUGAGAUUAACUGGGACUGUAACCUGGACAAAUGGUUCCACCGCUGCAGUCCACAGUACAGUUUUCGUCGCCUUGAUGACAAAACGACGACUGAAUACCCUGGUUACAACUUCAGAUUUGCAAAGUACUACAAAUCGCCCAAUGGGAUGGAGGAGCGGACGCUGAUCAAAGCCUAUGGGAUACGAUUCGACAUCCUCGUCUUCGGCACAGCUGGACGGUUUAACAUCUUUGAGCUGCUGGUGUACACCGGGUCUGUGCUGUCCUACUUUGGCUUGGCUCAGUUCAUUAUUGAUUUUCUUAUUACUUCAUACACUUAUCCCUGCUGCAAAACAUCCAUCAAGGAAUAUUACUUCAGGGAGAAGUGCGAGUCUGCUCCGGGACCAAAAUGGACCCUGAUGUAUGUGUCAUAUGUUGAUGACCCACACGUUAUUCUGGUACACGAACCAUUGAGGACGAGUCUGCAGAACGUUAAAGGCGAGAUUGUUCAGUUACAGAAAGACACUGGGGCUUUUACUGACACGACCAAGCUCACAGCACACUAUCCCAUUCGGGUCCCUGCCUUAGCAAAAGCCCAUGAGAUGCAACCCCUUAAAAGCGAAGGACAAACUUCUCCAUCCCAUGACCGCCCGGCUUGGUGCUGCUGUGGGAAAUGCCACCAAACACAGUCUUUCCGGGAGCAGCUCUGCUGCCGAAGAAAAGAAGGGUCAUGCAUUACAACCUCGGCUUUGUUCGAGCAGCUCGUUCUUUCCAGAUCGGCUCUGGAGUUUAUCCUGCUUUACAAAGAGCCCUUGUUGGACUUGAAUACUGAGACCCUCAAUAACCAUCUUCGUCACUGUGCUUACAGACAGUAUAUUCACUGGCGUUUUGGCUCUGCUGAGGUGGAGAGCAGUGCCCUGAUACCAAGUUGCUGCAGGUGGAAGAUCAGAGAAACUUUUCCCAGUGAGGAUGGCAAGUAUACUGGUUUAGAGAGGAAGAAUUAACCUUUAUUAAGCCUCUAUUAUAUAGCUCCAGAACCACAAUUAAACUUAUGUCCCAGUUAAACCUCCUUAAUUUCUCUUCUGAGACAUUUUAAAAAGAAAAGCGUGAUUUCUAAGAAUCCACUGCUGUAUGACUGAAUUCUAUAUUCUGUGUUGUUAAAGAGGCAGUAUUAGCUAAUGAUUAGUGCAGGAGACUGGGAGUCAGGAGUCUUGGAUUCUGUUCCUCACUCUACCGCUGACUCUCUCUGUGACCUUGGAAAGGGUACAUAGCCCAUAGCUUUCAAAUGUUGCCCCAAUAUUUGCAUGCCCAGUAUUGGACACUUUGGCCCUGAUGUUCAGAGGUGCUGAGUACUCAACACUCCAACUGAAAAUUAGACUGCACCAACAGCUACCUCAAGGUGGGAACCCAAACAUUCAGAGAAUCAAAAUUAGAGGACUUUUGAAAAUUUGACUCUUAACUUCUUAGUGUCUGUUUCUCCAUCUGUCAAAUGUGGAUAAUACCUACCUACCUUAGUAAAAGGCUUUUGAGUCUUGGAUGAAAGAUGCUUUAGAACUGCAGAGUAUUAUUGUUUGCGCGGGCUCGGUCCUGCAAAUAGUUAUUCAUGUGAGUAGUCUGUAGUCAUGCAAGCAGUCCUAAGGUCCAGAGAAUGGGCUUGCAGGAUUGAGCCCCUUGAGGGUGUAUUUCAUAGACAAAGUCAUGCACAAACUGUGUAGCAUUUCAGAUUCUUUCAGCUUUGUGGUUGAUCAAAUCUGUUACCAGAGGAAACCACAGGUUUCAGAGUAGCAGCCGUGUUAGUCUGUAUUCGCAAAAAGAAAAGGAGUACUUGUGGCACCUUAGAGACUAACAAAUUUAUUAGAGCAUA